AUGCCCUCUGUCCCUACCGACGGCUUGUCCGUCACCCACCCUUCCUCCAGGACCGGUCCGCCGCACCUCCGACUGAUCCACUACAAUGACGUCUACCACGUGGAGGAAGGUUCCGCAGAACCCGUCGGCGGCGUAGCCCGAUUUCAAUCCGUCGUCAAUUACUACCGCAACGAUCCCUCUUUUUCCGAACAAUCCAACGUCCUGACCUUCUUCUCCGGCGAUGCCUACAACCCCAGUCUCGAAAGCACGGUCACCAAAGGGCGGCACAUGGUGCCGUUUCUGAAUAAGGCGGGGACAGAUGUAGCCUGUGUUGGUAAUCACGAUCUCGAUUUCGGUGUCGCUCAAUUCCGCCAUCUACGUACACAAUGUCGGUUUCCGUGGCUGCUGGCCAAUGUUCUGGAUCUGGAUCUGGGAAAGGAUGUGCCGAUUGCGAAUUGCGAGAAGACGUUGAUGUUGACCUCGUCUAACGGGAUCAAGGUCGGUGUCAUUGGCUUGGGCGAGAGGGAAUGGCUCGGAACGAUCAAUGCCCUUCCUCCGAACCUCGUCUAUAAGUCUGCGUACAAGACAGCGCUGGAGCUGGUCCCGCGUCUGCGUGAACAAGGCGCCGAAUUGAUUGUCGCGGUCACCCACCAACGUGAACCGAAUGAUCAUAAGCUGGCUCAGAAGCUUCCACCGGGAAUGAUUGAUAUUAUCUUAGGUGGCCACGAUCAUUUCUAUGCCCAUGCCGUCGUCAACGGCACGCAUGUUCUCCGGUCGGGUACGGACUUCAAGCAACUUAGCUACAUUGAGGCGUGGCGCAAGGAGGAUGGUGAAGGAUGGGACUUCAGCAUCGUGCGCCGGGAUAUCGUUCGGUCAAUUCCGGAGGAUCCUGCAACGACGGUCAUGGUAAAUCGGUUGACGUCUAGCUUGGCGGCGAAAUUAGAAAAGCCGAUCGGGUAUACUUCGGUCGCAUUGGAUGGUCGAUUCUCAACUGUGCGUCAGAAGGAGUCGAAUUUGGGGAACUUUGCGUGCGACCUCAUGCGGUUUUACUAUGGGGCAGACUGCGCGAUGAUGGCUGGCGGGACUAUACGUGGUGACCAAAUUUACCCGCCAGGGAUCCUGCGGCUGAAGGAUAUCCUCAACUGCUUCCCCUUUGAAGAUCCGGUCGUAUUAUUGCGCAUCAAGGGUCGUGCGCUCUUUGAUGCCCUGGAGAAUGGAGUGAGCCAGCUUCCAGCGCUCGAAGGACGGUUUACCCAGGUAUCGAACAUUGCUUUUGGCUACAACCCCUCGGCCCCUUCGGGUUCCCGCAUCAACUGGGCCCAGGUCGGCGGAGAGCCAAUUGACUUCGAUGGGCAGUACACAUUGGCAACCCGCGGAUACAUGGCUCGUGGGAAAGACGGGUUUGCGUCUCUGCUGGUGCAGUCAGAGGGCGGCGAAGUCGAAGAGAUCGUAGAUGAAGAGAGUGGCAUCCUGAUCAGCACACUACUCCGCCAGUAUUUCCUGAGUUUGCGAGUGCUGGGUCGAUGGCGCCGCUGGGGUCCCAGCAUGACCCGACACUGGAGCAACGUGCAUGAUAGCCUCCAUUGCAAUGGAUGGCUGAAACCGCCAUCCCGCCAGCCGUCUCCCGAGUCAAACAAGGUGCCGUAUCGGCCCCCGUUGUCGCGGUCGAAGAACUACUAUUAUGGUCGGUUCCCCGAGAUUGUGGAGACCGAGGAGACGGAGAGCCGAGGGGUGGGCUUGAACGGGGAGGACGAGUCAAUGGACUCGGACUCGGACACUGACCCCGACAUCCUGACCUCUCCUCGUCCGACUACGAACUAUGUAACUCUGCCAGCACGGUCCGCUACGGAAGAGGAACGGCGCCUGCGUCUGGCGCGCAAGGCCGUCCGGACAUGGAUGCAUCGGACGGGGCUGCAGCCAUCGCCAAUUAAUGACGCGGAUGAAGUUGGAGAAUUCACACCAACAUGGACACCAGGUAUCUCGCCGCGCUUGGAGCAGCGGAUUGUGGUUGAAAAUUAG